CAGAAGGCUACAAGCCAUCUCUGGCAGACUGCACCAAAAUGUUUUCUCCGCUGAAAACCCUAAACAGCAUGAUUUCAAAAUCCAAACUCAUAUUAAAGGUCCAGAUCCAAAAUGCUAUCAUUGGCAGAUUUUACUACACAAAUAGGGUCAACAAAUUGACCUUAUUUUCAAAGAUAAGUCCUUUAGGUAGCCCCAACGCAAGUGUAGUGCCAGAGCUUGAAAAUUGGGUCAAAUAUGGAAAUAAAGUUCGAGUUGGGGAGCUUCAACGCAUUAUUCACGAUCUUCGUAAGCGGAAGCGCUUUACUCAAGCCCUUGAGGUUUCGGAGUGGAUGAAUAAGAAUGGUGUAUGUAUUUUUACAUCAAGUGAACAUGCUGUGCAGUUGGAUCUGAUUGGCCGGGUCCGUGGGUUUAUAUCUGCUGAAAACUAUUUUAAUAAUCUGAAAGACCAGGAUAAAACUGAUAAAACAUAUGGAGCUCUUUUGAAUUGUUAUGUGCGACAGCGUCAAAUUGACAAGUCCCUCUCCCAUUUACAGAAAAUGAAGGAGAUGGGAUUUGCAUCAUCUGCUCUCACUUAUAAUGACAUCAUGUGUCUUUACACAAAAAUUGGGCAACACGAGAAGGUCCCUCAUGUGCUAACUGAGAUGAAGGAAAACAGAGUCUCUCCUGACAACUUCAGCUACAGAAUUUGCAUAAAUUCCUAUGGUGCUAGAUCUGAUAUUGAGGGAAUGGAAACAGUUUUAAGAGAGAUGGAGAGCCAACCUCAGAUUGUCAUGGACUGGAAUACAUAUGCUGUUGCUGCUAAUUUUUACAUUAAAGCCAACCUUAUUGAUAAGGCAUUUGAUGUCUUAAGAAAAUCAGAAGAGAGGCUAGAUAAGAAAGAUGGAAUAGGCUAUAAUCAUUUGAUAUCGCUAUAUGCAAGUUUAGGGAAUAAAUCUGAGGUGCUGAGAAUGUGGGAUUUAGAGAAGAGUGCUUGUAAGAGGUAUAUAAACAGGGACUACAUCACCAUGCUGGAAUCUCUGGUGAAGCUUGGGGAGCUUGAAGAAGCUGAGAAAUUGCUACAAGAGUGGGAAUCAUCUGGCAACAGUUAUGAUGUUCGCAUACCAAACACCAUCAUUAUUGGAUACUGUAAAAAUGGAUUAUAUGAGAAAGCAGAAGCUAUGCUUGAAAACUUGAUGGGAAAAGGAAAGAUUACCACCCCAAACAGUUGGGCAGUUGUGGCAGCAGGCUAUUUUACUGAGGGUAAGACAAAGAAAGGUUUGGACUGCAUGAAGAUCGCCCUUUCUUUACACGUGGAAGGUAAAGGAUGGAAACCAAGCCCAAAGUUGAUUGCAGACAUUUUGAUUAGACUGGGUGAUGAAGGUAGUGUUCAAGAUGUAGAAGCUUUUGUGGCUGCAUUGAGGGCUGUCUUCCCUGUCAACAGACAAAUGUAUCAUGCCUUGAUAAAGGCAUAUAUAAGAGGUGGUAAAGGGCUUGAUAAACUUUUAGCAUGCAUGAAAGCUGAUAAAAUUGACCAAGAUGAUGAAACAAAGAACUUACUUAGCAUGUGGGAUGAUGGAAAUUUUAAAAUCAAUGACUCUUAAUUCUUCUCACUAAA